UUUACACCAUGGAAUUCUUAUUCAAUCAACAAAAGCAGAACACUGGUGACAAAGACUCCUCUGAAACUAAGAGGCAAUGUUUGGAUCAGAAAUUCAGCCAAGCUCAGAUCCAAAAAAUUUCAGACUUCUUCAACACCUUGUUUAAUAGGAAUGAGUCAAAAGACUUGCUUUCAAACUUAACUGAUAUUUUAGAUGAAAGAUAUACUAGUAUUGAAGAAUUUGACUUGAUCAAAGACUCUAAGGCUUCUCAAGAAGACCUCAUUAGAGUCAAACAAAUGCAAUCAAUGUUGAGGAAUGACAUCGCCUUGCUCAGAUCAGACUCUGACCGUGAUUUUAAAACAUUAAAAACUACUUCACUUGAAGUAGAAGUUAUCAAAAUGAGAAUGCAUAAUAAAGCAGAGGUAGAAGCAGUGCUAAAUCUUCAAAACUCUCUAGAUACUUACACUCCACUAUACAAAUAUGAAGAUUUGAUGGCUUCCAUUCCUGACUUUGUCCGGAACGCUCGUUUCAAUGAUAUCAUUAGCAAAAUAUAAUGUCCAUUGAAGAAAAUUUAAAAGAAACAGCAAAAACCGAAUCUAUAAUGAAAUAGAAUCUCAGAUUUAAGAGAGCAAAUUGCUUAUCGAAUCAAUCAAGCACUGACCAAAGAAGCAUUCGAGAAACAUCAAAAAGAGUUGAAGAAUGAAAUGGACAAAACCCAAGCAAACUUCUUAAGUCUACUAGAAGACAGGAUAGCUGUUUUCCAUGAACUCAACGACCAAAAAGUCAACAAACAAGUCUUUGAUCAAGAAACUCACAAAAUCUGGAAGCAUUUCGACUUAUUCUGUUCUUUCCAAAACCUAGCUGAUUUCGAAGGCAGGAUCAGACCCAGGAUCGACGCUGCUCUCAAGAAGGUCCAUGAAUGAGUCAGAGACUGCAAUGAAAACGAACUCAUAAUCAAAAGAUUCGAUGAAGUUUUACUAGAUAAAGCUUCUAAAUUCUCGAUCAACCAAGUUUAUAAGGACAUCGACAAACUUAUGUCUAAAUAAGACUUAUUUAGAGAACAAGAAAGAUCUGGAUUCAAGAAAUAUGGAAGCGGAACUUAAGCUCAAAGAGCUUGAACAGGAGAUCAACAAUGUUGAAUCUAGAAUUGGUCAAGAAAUACAAUCUGCUGUAGAACAGUCUGAGAUAAAUACUCUCACUAAAUUGUACAAUAAAAUGGGAGGCAAACCCAUCCAAAAAGAGGAAAUCAUCAGGUUAAUAGCAGGGAAAGCUGAUAAAACUGAGCUUUACGGAAAUCUUAAACUCAAAAUUGGUAUUGAAGAAAUGGAUCAACAGAAACGGAAUUUGUUCACCCUCCACAAAUAUCUCAAACAUGUUAUUAGCUUUUCGCAUGAACUAUUGUCAAACCAUUUAUUCAAUUUAACUUCUACUGAGAAUGAAAAGGCUAACUGUGAAGCAAACCUCAUAGCCCAGAUAAAAGAAAUCUAUAAGAUGGUGUGUAAAUUAGAUAGCGACUUCGAACUCAAAACAAGAUUCAAAGAGUACAUUAGCAAGAAAGUCAGACCGAUAAAACUAGACAUUUCUCAACUGAAAUUGCCUAAAAGAUCAUCUCUCUUCCAAAAAGAGAGAGCCAAGAACAGGUCUUUCUUCAACAAGAGUGUUGUGAUUAGUCGAAAUAGCUCAACCCAAAGAUACUUGGCCUCAAAUCGCAAGCAUAACUAUUCAAAAAGAAGUGAGGGCUCUCCUCAGAUUGAAGCAAGAGAUACCACAAACAUUCUCCGUAACUCCCUCAAAGGGUUCCACAAACAUAGCAGCAGCAUGCUAAACAGCCAAAAUAGGCUAAACUCCAAAGCUGAUAUUUCAUGAUUCAGCUUUCCGUUCAGCCCCGACCAAGAAGAUGUGCAAAAUUUCAUCAUGAAAAAUCUCUAA